CUGCAGGCCCUCGACUCUACCGCCGCCCACCCGCCCGCCGCCGCCGCCGCCAUCCCGACAUCAUCGCAUCCCAUUUUCAUCCGUCUGUCCCAGCCGCCACAACUGCGACCAGAUCCCUCAGGCAAGCUUUCCCUCUCAACACCUGGCAAUGGCAGUCCCGCGCCGGGCGGUGACGCCAACCGUAACGGCUCCUUCGCCAAACGAUUCGGCGGCGACUCGUCUUCACACGGCGGCAAAUCGAAUCCCUUCAACAACGUAACGACCCCCGGUGGCAUGGCUUCUCCCACUGCCUCCAACGCCUUCGGCCUGGGCUCCGGCGCCUUCGCCUCCUUCGGAUCCGCGAAGACGCCUAAAUCCCCGGGUAACCCGUUCGACAUGGCUAUGGGCAAGGUCGGCGCCAAGCCCGUGGGUGCGCUGCAUGACCCGCUGGGCAAGGCACCGUCCAUGGCAUCCAUCGCCGAGAACGCCGCGGGGAAGAAGGUGGGCUCGCAGCCGGUCUCGACUCGGACAUCAUCUGAGACUCUCCGCGUUCACCCUCUCAAGUACGAGUGGGUAACGUGGUGCCGGCCGCCCCAGCCCAAGGGACAGCCGUACCAGGAGUACGCCAAGUCACUGACUCCCAUGGUCCACUGUAACAGCGUGGAGGAGUUUUGGGUUGGCUAUCCGCACCUCAAGCGACCAUCCGAGCUGUCAGUGGGCUGGGAGUACCACUUCUUCAAGAGGGGCGUCCGGCCUAUCUGGGAGGAUGAGGAGAACAGAAGUGGAGGCAAGUGGGUGUUGCGCCUGAAGAAGGGCAUCGUCGACAGAUACUGGGAGGAUACCGUGUUUGCGCUCCUCGGUGAGGCUUUCACCGACUGCAGUGAUGACAUCUGCGGUGGCGUGGUUAGCGUCCGCAACGGCGAGGACAUUAUCAGCAUCUGGACGCGCUCGACCGGCGGACGCGUGCUGAGAAUCCGUGAGACGUGGAAGGCCUACCUCAAGUGCCCUCCCAACACGAACUUCGAAUUCAAGUCCCACGACGAGAGCAUUCAGCACAGGGCAGCGAUCGAGGAGUCGCGCCGCGAGAAGCAGCACGACAAGCGAUCCAACGCCACCAAGCAGCCCAGCGACGAGCAAAAGCAGGCCACCUCCUGA